AUGGAUUUGUUUUACAUGCUAAAUGAUAUUCGAGAAGAAACUGAAGAAAAUAAAAUGAAACUUCAAAGUAUAUUAAUUUUAAGUGCUUUCUUCUUAUGUGACGCUAAACUGUCUAGAAAGCAACUUAUCCGGGCAAAUGAGUUACCAUCAAAUCUCACACAAAACUCGCAAGCUCUGUUGCAAGAAGAGAGAAGCAGUAAAUCGACAAAACGAAUAGUCGACCAGUACAGAAAACGCCAUAGAAGGGAGUCAUUUGAUGCUAAAUCUUAUGAAUCGGGUUUAUUAUGGUCGCAUGCCGAAAGGCUGGAUGAAAAUGGUGACGUAAUCCUCAGAUGGGUGUACACAGAUUCGAGUAUUACGUUCAGAUUAGAAGCGAAAACUCUUGGUUAUGUCGGCUUGGGUUUUAAUUCAGCGAGGAAUAUGAGAGGAGCCGAUCUCGUCGUCGCCUGGGUGGACGACAGACAUCUCAACGCUCAAGUCUUGGUUAGUACACCUGCUGAUUUAUUCCCACGAUCAAUCAUUUAG